GUUCCAAGCCAGUGUUCGUGCGGUGGAGACGGUGGAGUAGCAUUUUGGGAAGACGGCUGUUGACGCUUGGUUUUUGUUUUCGCAAAAUUCAUAUACAACAAAAUUACUAGAAAUAAAACAUAAAUUUUUGCCGAACUUCCUGCCAUUUGCCGAACAGCAAAAAAAAAUCCCCGUAAUCAGCGCUUUUUGUAGUGCAACAAUUCAACUUGUUGAUUAUUAAAUAAACCGUCAAAAUUGGUUACCUAACGAAAACCUCGUUUGUGCUAAGGGAAGGCGACCGAGACGACAUGGGGUUUAGUUCGCGCAUGGACUGCUGCGGGCAGUUCGUCAAAUACAGUUUGUUCAUAGCGAACUUUGUGAUGUUUGUUGGCGGUGCGAUUGUCUUCUGCUUGACGCUCUGGACUCUGGUGGAUCGCAGUUUUGUUAAUGAGCUGCUGGGCACGAAUCUCUUCUCGGGCGCCGUCUAUGUCCUGCUGGUCACAUCGGUCAUCAUUUGCCUGGUCUCGUUUUUGGGCUGUGUGGGCGCUGGCAAGGAAGUCAAAUGUUUGCUCUUAUCGUAUUUCAUCAUUGUUGCGUUGGUUUUCGUGACCAUGCUAAUUGGCGGUGUUUUGGGCUACGUAUUUCGUGAGCGAGUGCAGCAGACAAUGCGACAGGAAAUGCGCUCCACAAUGGCACUGUACGGAAGUCGACGUGAGAUUACACAGGCAUGGGAUUUGACGCAGGAGCGUUUGCAGUGUUGUGGCGUCGAUACCUGGCACGACUGGAAUCGUUACGGACCGGUGCCGGAGUCCUGCUGCCAGGAGUUAUUUGGCGGACAGCGCAAGGAGUGCACCAUCUUUCCCACCAUCACGAAUCUGUAUAAUCAGGGCUGCCUCUAUGUGACAACCAAUUUCAUUCGAGAUCAUGCGGCAGUCAUUGGAGGCACAUCCAUUGGUGUCGCUAUACUCAUGAUCUUUGGCAUGAUAUUCUCUUGUUUGCUCUUCAAUAUGAUUGAAUAGUACCACAUUGGAGAGGAGCUGAUGCCGCAGGUGGAAAAAUGAAAACCAUUUUUAUAUGUAUUCCAUAAUGUUAACUUAAGAGUAUUAUCCACGUGUAUGAUAUGUGUGUGAGAUCUGUUACGCAAAAGUUUUCUGCGUCUUCUGUAUUAUGUAUAUAGGCUUAUAUACUUAAACUUAUGUAUGUACGAUACAUCUAUACUGUAAUGUAUGCCAAGUGGUUUGUCAAUUUGUACUUGUGCGUACUUUUGUUACAUAAUAUUGUAGUAUCUUUUUAUACGUUUUGUAAUGAUGUAAGACCCAAAAAUGCAACCUCUAUAUAAAAUUGUUAUAUUUAAAAGAAUACUUGCUAAUCUUAAUAAUAGUAGCUAUUAAAAAGUAAUCAGUA